AUGAGUACCACAUCAUUCGUGUCGCCCCCGCCUUGUGCGGUGUGCAUGCGACAUUGUCACGGGCAGAGGAUUGUGCUGGGUUAUGAUCCAGCGCGCAACAUCCAGUUGUUCGCUUGCUGUAGUGAUUGCGAGGGAAGGUGGAGAGGGUCCCCGUCCACGUUGACGUCGAUGGUGGUUCCCCAUCACCAGCCUCCCGCCAAGUCGGUCGUGGACUUCACCUCGCCUUCCUUUCGCAUCAAUCCAGCAAUCGUAAGCCCUCCUCUCUUUCAAUCCCAGCAUGUCCAGCACCAAUUGCAGCAACUCAAACAGCUGCGCAAGAAUCAAUCAGCGUCUUCCAAGCCUCACUCGCCUCCCCGUCGUCUUUCCAACAACAAGAAACGAGAUUCGCCGCCUCGCGAAGUGCCGCCCAACGAUCGAUCGGCCGCGUCUGCCCGCAACAGCCACACAGCCAACACCAUCCGGGCUCGAGUCGAGCAGACGCAACGAGGCAUGAAGAUGACGCCCCAGCUAGCCGAGCAGCUUAAGUCGGCCUGCUUCGUCGUGAUCGACACCAACGCUUGGAUCACCUCGCUCGAUGCCGUGCUCUCCCUCAAGAACUACCCCCACCUCACCGUGAUCGUUCCCUCGGCGGUUGUGCAGGAGCUCGAUGGGCUCAAGCAGGACCAGGGCAAGGAUCAGCUGGGCAGCAAGGCGCGCCUGGCCAUCAAGGUCAUCUACGACGCGACGGCCGGCGGCGAGCAGUGGAUCCGGGGCCAGCGCUACGACGAGCACCUCGGCGCGGCGCUCAAGAUCGACAACCGCGACGACGAGAUCCUGUCGUGCGCGCUCUUCUUCCACACGAAGGUGUCGCCCAGCGUGCUCAUCACGGGCGACUACGGCCUCGCGCUCAAGUGCAACAUCAACCGGGUGCCGACCACCGAUAUGCGCGGCCUGCUCGAGUGCCUUCCCGCCACCUCCAUGUCGACCUCCGCGCCCGCUACACACUCGCGACCGACUCAACCCACCGCCACCGCCGCCGCCAAGCGCAAGGCCGCUGACCGCCAGGAGCCUACCAACACCGCCACGACCAUGACCGCUGUCGCGAUGCCGACCAAGAGACGCAGGACGUCCGCUCCCGUCGACAUCCCCGGGUUUUGCUUCAGCUCGUCCCCGCAGAACUCCGACAACGAAGAUGACGACGAGCCCGAGCGUCAGGAGGCCAUGCAGGUGCAGACCCGCGAAGAAGAGUUACCACAGCAACCGCAGCAGCAGCAAGAGGAGGCCGAAGCGGUGGCCACAGGCCUGCGCCGCCUGCUGUCGCCCGACGAGGACGACGAGGAGCGGGGCCGCUCUACGAGCGCCCACAUCUGGUCCGCCGCGCUUCGACGAUCCCACAACCGCACCACGUUCGGCCGCCACCGACACCCCAAGCACUGGUAUCUCGCCUGGCGACGCAGCGUCUGUCCGCCCCAAGACUUCUCCGACAGCUGGGCGCAGCCCCUACAGUCUGUUUGA